CAGUAUCUAAAAUAAAUUUCUCACAAGAUAUAGUAUAAAACCCUCUCUGAUCGCCUCCACUAAACCUCAACCACCUUGCUUUCGGAUCUCUCUUUCAUCACCAUUUCUCAUAGUAGAAAAAUACUGAAUCAAUAAUCUCAAACUCUUACAAGAAGAGGAUUAGGGCUAGCGGAGGAUAAAUACUGAUCAAAAAUGGUUAGAGCUCCUUGCUGUGAGAAGAUGGGAUUGAAAAAAGGUCCAUGGACUGCUGAAGAAGAUCAAACUCUGGUUUCUUACAUUCAACAGUUCGGUCAUGGAAAUUGGCGUGCUCUUCCAAAACAAGCUGGUCUGUUGAGGUGUGGGAAGAGUUGCAGAUUGAGAUGGACAAAUUACUUGAGACCUGAUAUUAAACGAGGAAAUUUCAGCACUCAUGAAGAAGAAACCAUCAUCCAAUUACAUGAAAUGCUUGGCAAUCGCUGGUCUACAAUUGCAUCAAGAUUGCCAGGACGAACAGACAAUGAAAUUAAGAAUGUGUGGCACACCCAUCUCAAAAAGAGACUGAAUCAGAAUCAAAAUCAACCAAAACGUGCAACGAAGCAGCGACAAAUAAAGGAGAACACGAAAGUUGAGCCUUCAGUGUCUCAGCAGUCUGCCGAUAAUUCAGUGUCACCUCAACAAUCUUCUUCCAGUGACUUCUCCUCUGGUGUGGACGACUCAUUGGUCUUAACAACGGAUGACUUCAACAUGGGUAUCAAAGAUGAGGAUGCUGAUUACUCCUCGGGAGCAUUUCCAAGAAUUGAUGAUAAUUUAUCGGAUGCCGAUAACUAUUACAUGCCGGAAGCUUUGGCUGAACCAAAGGAAGAAUUUCCUGUUGCUGCAACGUCCUCAACGUCAGUACCUAACAUUGACGAAGACAUGGAGUUUUGGUAUAGUAUUUUCGUAGGGGCAGGGGAAUUGACAGAGUUGCCUGAGUUAUAAGGGCAGUUUUCACCUUUUCCGGUUUUGUGGUGAAAUGGAAUUUGAUUUGUUGGUAUCCUGUUUUUGACUUCUUUUAACAAAGUGGGUUUAGAAUAUACUUGAUCUGGUGAAAUCUUUUGAACAGAAAAUAAAAAGAGGAAUAACUUUUGGAGGUCCAACCAUCCUACAGUACAAGGAUUCAAAAUGAAGGAGGAACAUCGUCUAUAGAGAUUAUUGCCAACGAAUAUGUAGGACAACAAUUAUGGCUGCUAAUGAGAAAUACUUUUACUUCCAAAACCCAUAUAUUGUUGGACAGUAAUGGGCAUAAUGCAGCAGCAUGUAACUUUGAUUUCAACGAAGAGGCAGAUGCAGUUGUUGAUUAUGUAGCUAAAGGGGCACUAGCUAAUUCUAUAAGGGGUGUGUUGAUCAUAACUCCUCCACCUGAUACAUAGUCUUAAGUUUGUUGAGUGCUGAUUGAAUGGGUAGAGCAGAGUUGUUUAGUUAGUUUAAUUUUUUGCCUGUCGGCAUUUCUGCAAAAGAUCAAGUAGAAAUUAUGUAACUUUCACAUGCAUAAGCAAAUUUCAUCGAGGUUGAAGAAUAAACUUAGCGGGGUAUUGUUGCUA